GCUUGAUAAAGUGGGGGGUCAAAUCCUGAAAUCCUUGUGAAUUGUGAUGCAUGGAAUAAAUAUAGAAGAAACUUUGCAAGUUGGGUUGCUUGAGAUUGGAAGUUGCUUGCGUGACAAAAAGGGGUUGGUCCCUCUUGUCGAAUAUCUAGUCCUACCCUUCAAUUUCGGGAGGUUAUUCUUUUGUUCUUUCAGUUUCGGUUUCAGUUUGAGCUUCAGAUCCAGAGGCCAAAUCUAUGGUCAUGACUUUGGUGAGUACCCCUUAUGUCUUAUGACAGUCCAACCAAAAACAGCACCCCUCCAACUUAAAGCUUGCAACUUGAGACAGUUUUCAAGUUUGAACAUCAAAUAGCACACACUAUCCAAUUGGGAUCCGAAUCAAGGAGAUGGGGUUCCAAGAAAACGGGAAUGGAGAAAUGGGGUUGUCUGCAAUCCCCUUGGGAGCAAAGAACAAGUAUAAGAGGAUGAACUCUGAACUUCCUGAGGACAACGACGAUGUUCUGAUGCAACAGCAACAACAAGAAAGGAGGAGCAGUACCAGGAAAUAUGUUCUUGCCUGUGCCAUCUUUGCUUCUCUAAACAAUGUCCUUCUUGGCUAUGAUGUAGGUGUCAUGAGUGGAGCCGUCAUAUUUAUAAAAGAAGAUCUGAAUAUAUCUGAGGUUCAAGUAGAGUUUUUGGUUGGUAUUCUUAGUAUUAUUUCACUAUUUGGUAGCCUUGGUGGUGGAAGAACAUCAGAUAUUAUUGGUAGAAAAUGGACGAUGGCCUUAGCUGCAGUUGUCUUCCAAAUGGGUGGACUCACAAUGACUCUUGCUCCUUCGUAUGCAAUACUAAUGAUUGGAAGAUUUCUAGCUGGGAUUGGAAUAGGAUUUGGAGUUAUGAUCUCCCCUAUAUACAUUGCUGAGAUAUCACCAAACCUGAAUAGAGGCUCUCUUACUACCUUUCCAGAGAUUUUUAUAAAUGCUGGAAUUAUGCUUGGUUAUGUGUCAAAUUAUGCGUUUUCUGGCCUUUCAGUGCACACAAGCUGGAGAGUAAUGCUUGCAGUGGGAAUUCUGCCUUCCGUGUUCAUUGGUUUUGCGCUUUUCGUUAUUCCUGAGUCACCAAGAUGGUUGGUAAUGCAGAACCGAGUUGAAGAAGCAAGAUCAGUGCUGUUGAAAACAAAUGAAGAUGAGAAAGAAGUGGAGGAGAGGCUUGCAGAAAUACAACAAGCUGCUGGAUUUUCUAAUUCUGACAAGUAUGAGGAGAAACCUGUGUGGCGUGAACUCCUUUUUCCUUCUCCUCCUCUUCGCCGAAUGCUGAUCACUGGACUUGGAAUUCAGUGUUUCCAACAGAUCUCAGGAAUUGAUGCAAUCGUUUAUUACAGUCCUGAAAUUUUCCAAGCAGCUGGGAUUGAAGACAAUUCAAAACUUCUAGCUGCUACUGUUGCUGUAGGCUUAACAAAGACUAUUUUCAUUUUGGUAGCAAUCAUUCUCAUAGACAAACUAGGUAGGAAGCCACUUCUCAUGAUAAGCACAAUUGGGAUGACAGUGUGUUUGUUCUGCACGGGUGCUACACUUGCUCUGUUUGGAAAAGGAUCAUUUGUAAUUGCAUUGGCUAUUCUUUUUGUUUGUGGGAAUGUGGCAUUCUUUUCUGUUGGACUAGGCCCUGUGUGUUGGGUUUUGACAUCUGAAAUCUUCCCUUUGCGCGUGCGUGCUCAAGCAUCUGCACUUGGAGCUGUCGCUAAUAGAGUCUGCAGUGGCCUUGUGGCCAUGUCUUUUCUUUCAGUGUCUGAGGCAAUCAGUGUUGCUGGAACAUUCUUUCUGUUUUCUGCUAUUUCUGCUCUUGCCGUUGCCUUUGCCAUCACACUGGUUCCUGAAACUAAAGGGAAGUCAUUGGAGCAGAUAGAGAUGAUGUUUCAGAAUGAGUAUGAGAUUCAAGAGAAAGAAAUGGAGUUAGGAGAUGUUGAACAACUUGUGCAGAACAAAACUGAUUUAACAAAUUAAUUGAUUAAUCAUUCCGUAGUUACUCUCAUCUUCCACCUGUUAUGUCUAAGGCUCUAUGCAUCACAUGCUACUUCUAUUAUGGGGAGGACAUAACAGAUAUGAAUAUGAUCUUCUGCUACCAGAAAAAUUGAGAUGUGUGAGUAGGGAUGGGGAACACAAGGAGUAUGAAGUGAUGAAGAUAUAAUGCAUUCUAAACUUUCCCUAGUUGUACAAUUAUUCUUGUUUUCUUUUUUUAAUUUGCAUUAAAGUCUAUUAUAGCAUUGUAUACUGAAGAAGAUUUUUGGUGGAGAUGAUCAUGUCUCCACAAGUAUGUUCUGAGACAAACUAUAGUGCCUAUUACAAUGUAUCGAUGAGGAAUGUAAUUACGAUGAUUCUUUGACACAUUAUAUUGUAUUCAACUCGGGUUUCUGAA